AUGGCGGCUACAUCCUACUCGACAGACCCGACCUUGUACCUGUUCACGUCUCUGACGGCGGGAUCGUCUCAUAUCAUCACCGCGACGUCAAGACUAGAAACGAUCCUCAAGGCCAACAAGAUCCCAUUUCGGGCUGUCGAUUGUGCCACGGACGAGAAAGCUCGCAUGCUAUGGGGCCGAAGAUCCAAGGGAAGGACAUUACCAGGCCUAGUGAGAUACGGCGAGAUCAUCGGGGAUCUCGAGCAGAUUGAAGAAUGGAAUGAAUACGGCGAGCUUAAGGACCAGAUCGCUGCGACUCAAGAUCUGGGCGGCUUGAAGGCCACCAGCGCCAGCCUCCUCCCUGAGCCGCCUACUGCAAGCACUGCAGCUUCCACUCCUCAAAGAUCAUCCGGGCCUCCAUCUCGCGCGUCGUCGGAAACCCGACACAUCUCCAUUUUCGAUCCCAAAGACAAAGAGAGGGACAAGGAGGGCGGUGCAGCCGAGAGUACCUCACACAAGCCAACAGAUGCUCCAAUAACCCUCGCCAUGCGACAACUGGGGGCCGAAGCUGCAGCAAAGGCAGGUCACAAGAAAGCGGCCGCGGCGCAGGCAGCGAAAGCAGCAGUGGCACCGACAAAGGAACCCAGCACUACAGAUCAGAUCCCCGUGCCCGCAACUAUAAAAUCGAGCGCCGAUGCCGCAGUCGAGUCCCCCGAGACAGCGCCCAACGUCACCGCCGCGAAGACUCCUGCCCAACUAGCCAGUGAAGGAGCGAAGCGAACGUCUGUUGACAAGAUCUCGGAGUCGGAAGGUGAGACAGCUUCUCCUGUGAUCGCCGAGUCAUCUUCAUCGUCAACCGAAGCCCAGCUACUGGAACAGCGCCGAACAAGCAGCACCACCAAGACAAAGUCGCGGUUAAGCGAAUCGACUCCGGCGGAAGAAAGCGAGACCGUGCUCUCCGAAGAAGCUGUCUCAUCCCCAUCAAUUGCCGUCCCAGAGUUUGAAGUGAGUGCUACCAAGUCGCCACCGCUGGAGAGACCACCACGACAGCACCGCGGGAGUGAUAUAGGAGAAGCUAGCCCCGAAGAGAUUCGGGCGUUGGAGAGAAAGUUGAGUAUCCAGGAAGUAGAUGAAGAAAGUGAUGAAGAAGAAGAAGACGAAGAGAAGAUAAAGGCGACGAGUACUGAUGAAGCAGAGCAAGAGGUCACCAAGGGCACGGAGCCGCAGAAGACAGAUGCCAAAGACGCGGACCAGGCCGGUGUCAGCGUUGGGGAUUGA